CUACUCACAUCAUCAACCAGAAAUUUAAAUAUAUUAAAACUCAAAUUGGAUUCUGGUUAGAAUUUCUCUAACCCGAUUCCAAUGCAAAACGGGCUCGAGUUGGAAAAUUAAACAUGAGACCAAUCCGAUUGUUUAAAUUCCUAUUCUGGUCGGAUUCGUUUGGUACCAUUCGACUUACAUCCAAGAGCUAUAGGUUCUUGUUCCUUAUCAGAUCAGAUAGAGGGUUUUGGGUAUAAGAGCAGUAGCUUAAGCUUUUUAGAUCAAAUGGCAAACUUUUGACCCGUUACAAGUGGCAUCAGAGUAGACCCGAAGGUGUUCAGGGUCAUUACUGGGUCCUCCUGCCAUUACGGAUGCUGCUAUUGUGGUAGAUAAAUUAAAAGCAGGGUGCAUUUUUUGAAGUGACCCCUCAACUUUAUCUGGCCCCAUGGCCAAAUGAUAGCAAAGAAAUGGUGGAGUUGAGUGGUCUUGGCCGUAGUGAUUAACUCCACUCAACAUUCUGUGAAUAAAUCUAUAAAGGAAGAUUUCUCCAUCAUUUUUAGACGGUCUCUGCCUUCCAUGACCACACCAUUAGCUUUGAACCACCAUUCACAAGAAGCACAUUUUUGUUAUGUCUUUUGUCUGGAUUAAAUAAGAGAGGCUCUGCACACGACUUGUCCCAAUAUGAGUACUGAUAAGAAGAAAAUUAUUGAAAACAACAAUAAUAAAACACACACACUCAAAGAGAGAGAAAAUAAAAGUUUUUUUAAUGGUGGGUGUAUGAAAGUGAGAUUUGGGGUUGUGAUUUUUUCUACUUUUUGGCACCAUAAAAUGCUUCAAACAUACCACUUACUCAACAUUAUCAGUUUCUCUACAUUUACAAGUUCAGUUUCUAGUAUAUUUGUGUUCACAAUUUAGUCUCUUCCUUGUUUGCUAUUUGUGGCUUCCUUCCUACCAUACCACUUUCUUGUUUGCUUGCUAUACAAUUGUUUCCAUCAACUCAGACACAUUUCCACACAAAAACACACACACACACACACACACACACACACAUAUAUAUAACCAAAAUGUGGUCAGUUGGAUUGUGUGUUGUAGCAGUGCUUACCAUUUGCAUUAUUCACUGGAUUUACAAAUGGAGGAAUCCCAAAUGCAAUGGAGUGCUUCCUCCAGGUUCCAUGGGCCUCCCUCUUAUUGGGGAGACCCUUCAGUUAAUCAUUCCCAGUUACUCUAUGGAACUUCCACCUUUCUUAAGAGAAAGACUGAAUAGGUAUGGACCAAUCUUCCGAACAAAUGUGGCAGGUCGGUCUGUCAUUGUAUCAGCUGACCCUGAAUUCAACUACUUUCUCCUCCAGCAAGAAGGGAAGUUGGUCGAAUCAUGGGCAUUCGACACAUUUGCCAAAAUAUUUGAACAGGGGGAGUCUAGGCCAAAUGGUGCUCAAGUUAAAAAAUAUGUGAGAAACUUGGUGUUGAAUCACUUUGGUGUAGACACCCUCAAGGAGAAGCUUCUUCCUCAGUUGAAUGGAAUGGUUUGCAAAACUCUUGGUGCUUGGUCGAACCAAGACUCCAUUGAAGCGAAAAGCGAGGCUGCAAAAAUGUCUAUAGACUUUUGUGCAAAGCAACUAUUUAGCUAUGAUCCAGAAGAAUCACCAGUCAAGCUAAGUGAUCUCUUCAGAAAUUUUGUCGAAGGUCUCCUGUCCUUUCCUGUGAACAUCCCCGGUACAGCACACCAUAGAUGUUUGAUGGACCACAAAAAGGUGCUAGACAUGGUGAGGGACGCUUUGAGUAAGAGGCUCCUUUCAACCGAGAGUGAUCAAAGGGACUUGCUAAAUCGUGUCAUUCAAGACAUGAGCACAGAGAAGUUCUUGACAGAGGAUUUCAUUAUUCAACUAAUGUUUGGUCUUUUAUUCGUCAACUCUGAUUCCAUUUCAAUGACAAUCGCAUUAGCUCUGAAGUUACUCUUGGAACAUCCUUUGGUGUUAGAGGAAUUAACUGCUGAGCAUGAGACAGUCCUUAAAAACAAAGACAAUUCAAAUUCCCCAAUAACAUGGGAAGAGUAUAAGUCGAUGACUUUUACACUUAAGGUUAUCAAUGAAACUCUUAGAUUGGCAAAUGUUGCACUGGGGAUGUUUCGAAAAGCCUUAAAAGAUAUCAAAGUAAAAGGAUACACAAUUCCUGAAGGCUGGGUAGUUGUGCUUGCCACUUCUGCUCUUCACUUGGACUCUGACAAAUUUGAGAAUCCACUCGAAUUCAACCCAAGGCGUUGGAAGGACCUUGAGUCAUCUGUUUUAGCUAAGAACUUCAUGCCAUUUGGAUCAGGCAUGAAGCAAUGUGCAGGCUCAGAGUAUAGUAAGGUGUUUAUAGCCACCUUUCUUCAUGUCUUGGUCACAAAAUACAGAUGGACAAAAAUCAACGGAUGUGAGGUGAUGCGAUCUCCUAUGAUGAGAUUCCCAAACGGAUUUCACUUCAAAGUCUCUGAAAAGAAUAAUUGAAGGUGUUCGCUAUUUUCAAUUCUUGGAAUCCCUGAAUAUUUCCUUGGAAAAGAAUUACCGAAGAAUUUUCUAUUUUCCGUUGUUAGAAUUCCUUUGAAUAAGCUUCCUCUUAAGUCUGAAUGGAGGAAUGAUGGGAUGAUUUCCAAGCUAAAUUAAGGGUCAUCUUCUUAAAAUUUUAUGCAUCUUGUCAUCUAUUCUUAGCUGGUUUAUUUUAUAUGUAUAUAGUUGACAGUAAAUGUAGCCUCCUGGUGGGCAUGUCAGACAAAUGUAGAUGAACAAAAAUCAAGGGAUGCGAGGUUUCACUUUAAAGUCUUUGAAAAGAACAAGUAAUUCAAGGGUUUGUUAUUUUCA